AUGCAUUUAGAUAAUCAAAGAACUCAAGCUAUUUCUGGAGUUGUAUUACAAUUAUCAAAUCCUGAUAGAAACCAAGCUGUUUUUAAAACUGAACAAGUAUUAAAUCAGUGCAGAAAUGAUUUCGAUUAUAAUAAAGAAGAUUUGGAAACCAAUGAUGUGAACAUUAGAGCUUCAAAGCACUAG